AUGGUGCAAAAUAAUGUUGGGUUUUCUUGGGGAUUCACCUCGACAGGCGGCUCCCAACCAUCAAGGAAACAAGAAAAUAAUGAUCGUGUUGAUAUAAAGAAUAUAUCUCUUUGGGAAGAUGAUUUUAGAAGUUCAUUACAGCCGAGUACAAACGCAACAACUGGCGUAAAUAAGAGCACCAUUUAUCAAGGCAAUUAUACUAACGGUCAUCCCAUUCAAGGCUCAAUAAGAUCCAAAAGAAGAUUGGUGGAUUCUGAGGAUGCUUCUAACGAAAAUGUUUCAACGAAUACUUCCUUUUCUAAUCUGUAUGCUCGCGGUACGAAACAACCACUAAGGUAUCAAUAUUCUAAAAAACCAUCAUAUUCUGCUGCUAAUAACACUGUCACUGCCACUAAGAAAAUAUCAAACACUUUCAAUGCUAUCCGAAGUCAACCGUUACCUAUUCAAAGAUGCUUAGAAUUAAUGGAUCAUCAACAAGUGAAUGACCUCUUGAAUGACAUUUUGAACUUAAAUAAUCCAAGUUUAAAUCAAUUCAUCCACACCAGAAUUAAUUCUAACUAUAACUCCAAUUUCUCCAUUGAAAAAUGCUCCAUUUUAUUAAAAGAAAAAUUUGAAAACAUCUUGAAAAAUGUUCCGUAUAACAAAAAUUAUUACAAUAAUGCUCAAGCAUCAGAAAACAAUAACAAUAACAAUAAUACUUUGUUACUAGAUGAUUAUGCUUUUAUUAGAUUAAAAUCCUUUAUUUUAGAAUUCUUAAAUUCUUUAAUUGACUUCAUUUUAAAUAAUAUUCCACCAAAUUUUAAUAACGUUCACGAAUCACUAAAUUUCCUAAAUGAAUGUACUUUAAUGGUGAUAACUUUACCAAGGUUCCAGUUACCAAGUAAUAACUACUACUAUGAUAAAUGUAUUGAACAACUAUCAUUUAUUUGGUCUACAAUCAUUAAUGAGUUGGCCAAAGAUUUAGUAAUGGCUAAUUUAAAUGAUAAAGAAUUUUAUCUUAAUUGGUUAAGUAAAUUGGAAAAUCAUAAUCAACGAACAGGCGGAAUGUUCAAUCAACCAUUAAAACUUUUUAAACAUAUUGAUAACAACGACGAAACAUCUGCCGUUGCAGGUAAUGUUACCAUUGAUAACAAUCCUUUUAAUUCAAAUAAUGGUAACGAUUAUGUCACAAGUAGAAGCGGUAACAAUAGCAACCCAGGUUCGACUUCAAACUUCUCGUCCUCUUCUUUCUCUUCCCCAUUUCUAAAUCGCUAG